UCGUCACGUGCGGAUCGAUCAAUAACAAUACAGAAAAAGAAUAUAAUUUAAAAUAAUUUGAAAAAAAAAAAAAUACAGUAAACAAAAAUAAGAAAAUAAAAUGAGCGAGAAUAUUAAAUUUAUCGUAGGAGAAGUUAACAAAUUGUUGGACAAAAAUUACAAUUUGGUUGGUUUCAGUGCUUUGAAUCCUGAAGAUUUAUUACAGAUAUUAAGUGACGUGUUAAUUAAAAUACAACAACAAGAUGCAACAAAGAUCGAUAUUAAAACCGAAACACCUGAACAAAGUUCCGUACGAAUACUUUCGGCACUUCGUAUAUUAAAAUAUCAACCAAAUUCGGAUCCAACGACAUUUCGACAAGGAAUUGUUCGUGGUGAUUCGGAAACAAUUUAUGCAAUUUUAACGUGGUUAUUAAAACACAAGGAUAUCGUAAGACAACGAGCGUAUUUGUCACGUUUUCUUGUUAAGAUCGAAAUUCCAUCGGAUUAUUUGGGAGAUCCAGAAAUUUCAGCAUUGUACGAACAAUAUUCGAAUAUGGUGAAUCAAUUUAAAACCGUUCACAAGGAAAGAGAAAUUGGUAAAAAGAAUUUUGAAAUUGCAGCCGAAUUUACGGAAGAUCUGAAAGCUAUGGAAAAAGAAAAAGAGGCAGUUUUAUUACGAAUCGAAAAGAUGAAAGUGAAAGCACAACUGGGAUUUUAUCUUUUGGAUGUAGCAAGAACUUUGCGUAUGGAAAAAGAUCGUGAACGUGACCUUGCUUUGCAAAAAGAACAAGAAAGCAAGAUAAUGUCUAGUUUACAAAUAUCCUUUCAAGGAAUAGAACGUGAGUUGCAAACAUUAAAACGUACCGGUGAGGAAAUAACACCUCAAACAUUAAUACAACAUCUAACGGAUGAGGUGACUGUACAAACUGCCAUAAUGAAAGAAAAACUAACAUAUGAAAUUGAGAUGAAGAAAAAACGUAUUGCUGCACUAUCAUCAAUCAAAGGUUAUUCUUAUUUAGGACAGGAACAAAUUAUUAUGCUAAGAAACAAAUUGGAUUUAAUAACUAAAGAAAUUCAAGGUUUAGUUGAAACCAAAAUAACAAAAACUGAUAAUGAUAAAAUGGAACCAUUUCGUCAACAAGCAACAACAAUAUCAAACAUGAAACGAAAUGUAUUAGAAAAAUUAGAAAAUACCAAUGAACGUUUGAAAGAUUUGUUGACUAAACUUGAAGAGAAGAGAGAACAAUCUAAAAUGUUUAUGGACGAAGUUGUACCAAAGGGUGAAGAUUUGAAAAAGUAUGUUGCACAUUUGAAAAUCAAAAGUAUAUCUUACAAACGUUACAGAGCUGAAUUAACAGCAUUGAAAGCUGAAAUUGGUGUAUUGCAACGAACUGCUGUUAUUCUUAAAGCACAGGCAGCAUCAAUAGAUGAAGGUAAUAAAAAUGUAGAUUUAGGAAAACAAUCAAUUCCUGACAAUUAUACACAAGCUAAUGCAUUUUCCACAAACGUGCAAUUGUUCAAAAUGAUAUCAGCCCUACGUACUAAACUUGCACCAUUAUUAAAUGAAACUCAGGUAUUGAGACAAAAGUCUCGUGACUUGGAAGAACGUUAUAAAAAAGCAAACACAGUACAAUCCACAUUGGAAACAGGUAUAGGAAGUCCAACAGGAAACGUGUUGUUUGAAAUAAAUCAAUUAAAGGAGAAAAUAGAAAAGGAUAAAGAAGAAAAAGAAAAAUUGGAGGAUGCAAUAUCAAAAAUGAAAAAUAUUGAAGAAAGAGUGGAAAAUGAAAUGAAUGCAUCGUCUAGUUCUGAUAAAAGUCGUAGUAUCAAAGACGAAUUAAAUGAUUCGAUUACCGUUGAAGAAGAAAUAAUGAAAAAUUUGUCAUUGCAAAAAGAAAAUGUCGACAAGGAUGCUACGAAAAAUGAAAAACAAACUCAACAAUGGAAUCAAAUAGCAGCAAUAUUCGCUUGUAAAAUAAAAUCAGCAGAAGAUAAUAAACAAAAGGACGGUAUUGUUGUACGACGUGGUGGAACUGAAACUCUUGUAUUGCAAUAA